AUGAGCCAACAAAAUGCCACAUACUCAUCCUACAGAGGAAUGAACUCUUUCAAGGUGAUUAUUGGUGUUGCACCAAAUGCUGUCAUCACUCAUGUCAGUAAUUUAUAUCCAGGAUCCAUUUCAGACAAGGCUAUUGUUAAGCAGUCUUGUCUGGUAAAUCAUUUCAGUGCUGGUGACAUGAUCCUUGCUGACAAGGGGUUUCUUAUCCAGGAUAUUCUACCCAAUGGUGUCUCUGUUAACAUUCCACCUUUCCUGAACAGUGGAACAUUCACAGAAAGUGAGGCAAAGGCAACCAAGGCUGUAGGCAAAUGCCACAUCCAUGUAGAGAGAGCCAAUGCUAGACUGAAAGACUGUAGAAUUUUAAGCUUUAUUCCAUCUUAG